UCAAAGUUUCCUCAUUUGAACUUUCUCUUUGUUUCCCACUCUUUAUACUCACAAUCUCGCUCUGUUUUUCUAUGCGUUUGCGUGCACAGAAAAAGAAUUUAAGCGUUGCGUGAAGAGGAAGUUUGGUAUAUUGGUCUGUCUCUUUCUAGAGAAAAUAUCACCAGAGUUCUCACAGUUUCUUGGGUUCCUUUUUGUUUUAUUCGAAAUGGGUAAGAAAGAACAGAGUACCCAGAAAGCAAAUCAGAGAGUUGAAGCUGUUCUUGAGCUCUUGAGGAAACAGAGUCCUUUAACAUUGAAACAGGAGAAAUUCUGCAACAAUGCAUGUGUUGAGAGGUUUUUGAAGGCCAAAGGAGAUAACGUGAAGAAGGCUGCCAAGUGUCUAAGAUCUUGUCUUUCCUGGAGAGAGAGCAUAGGCUCAGAGAAUUUGAUAGCUGAUGAGUUCUCCGCCGAGCUGGCAGAGGGAGUUGCUUAUGUCGCCGGCCACGACGAUGAGUCCCGACCUGUUCUGAUUUUCAGGAUUAAGCAAGAUUACCAGAAAUUUCACUCUCAGAAACAGUUUACUCGUUUGCUGGUUUUCACUCUGGAAGUCGCCACCGCAACCAUGCCGAAAAACGUCGAACAGUUUGUUCUCCUCUUCGACGCAAGUAAGUUGACCAUAAUACCCUUCUAAAUCCGAGGAAGCUAGGACUAGGAGUACAAGCUUUGAAAAUUGGGUUUUACCAAUGAAUGACUUUUAUCAAGAAAAACUGUUUAAGGUUUGAAGUUAAUUUGAAUUAUAAAAUAUUAAUUAUAUC